AUGGGUACUGACAACACCAGCAAUAAAGAAGGGUGGUGGACAUGUGAUCACUGGUUUUCCUUCUGUGCAGAUGGCCCUGGAGAUGUGGUGCCCUUGCAGGAACUAGGACUUCGGAGGAGAGGCUCUGACCCAGCAAGUGGAGAGGUGGAGGCGUCACGCCUGCGGAGACUGAACAUCAAGAAGGACGAUGAGUUUUUCCAUUUCGUCCUCCUCUGUUUCGCCAUCGGGGCCCUGCUGGUGUGUUACCACUACUACGCAGACUGGUUCAUGUCCCUUGGGGUCGGCCUGCUCACCUUUGCCUCCCUGGAGACCGUGGGCAUCUACUUCGGGCUGUUGUACCGGAUCCACAGCGUGCUGCAGGGCUUCAUCCCUCUCUUCCAGAAGCUGAGGCUCAUGGGGUUCAGGAAGACUGACUGACACCACUGCCAGGUGGGCAGCUAAGCCGGGCCGCAGCUGGGCCUCCCCUCUCCUGGGCCCGUGAGGACAGAGAGACCGGAAUCCUGGGAGAGGCCAAGCCAGAGCAAUAAAGAGAGCGCUUUUGCUUCCAUGUGGUCUGAACGUUGGCACGGCCCAGGCCGGGGUAUCGUAUGGGCAGCGUGGGCACUCGGGGCGGCUGCCUGCAGGGAAGGCAGGGGGAGGGUGCGGGACCCGAGCCCUCCCAGCACCUGUACCUACAGGGAGAGUCUGUUUCUCAGGAGACAGCAGGAGACCCCGGGGCCCUGCUGCACUCGGUCAGGGCGUGCGGUUUCUCUGAAAUGACCAGGCUGUCCGCGUGGCCUCUGGGACCCUGCGGAGCCAUUGCGUGGUGGGCAAGCUGUUGCCCUGGGGUCCAGGCUGGGUCCUCUGGGCGCCCUGAUGCUGGUGAGAGGUUGGGGACUAAAACCACAGCUCUG